UUUUAUCAGUCAUGCGCAAAAAGUAAAAACUUUUAUCCGGAAGAUAUAUUAUGUAUUUAUUUAACAAAAGUGAAGUAAAGUUUUGUCACCUUUAAAAUACAGUUACUUUAUAGGAUUUAUACUGUGAAGAUGUACUAAGAAUAGUUAUUAAGGGGUUUAGUAAUUAAAUGGCAUCAAGACGCCAAAACAGAUUCACUUUAAGAAAGGAUGAAACCUUAAACAAUGCCAGUAAUGAAGAUGUAUGUAGAGUAGUUUCUAGCAAUCAAGAGGACGACACUGAAAGCGAAGACAGAAAUGAUGAUGCAAACACAAGAAACAACACCCGAGACAAAUCAAACAUGAGUCGAGUUACUUGGAAUGGACACAUGGUAACCUCCAUGGGAAAGUCAACACGACUUGGCAGUUCUCUACAUGGAACAAACAUGUCUACAAUGAUGACAAAUAAACAGUAUCGUACUGUUGUUGGUAUUGAAAUCACAAACUGGACAAGAUAUCACCUGACUAGUCCUGAAGUAAACAUACAUUCAGGUUAUAUUUCAGUGCCGCCUGUUUCAGUUCAACCUGGACACAAAGAGAGUAUGAUAGCACACAAGCACGCCUACACAAUGACAGGGUCAAGUGGAAUUGUUUCAUGGUUAAUAAGAAACAAAGAAAGACGGGUAGUGAUCGUGUGGAGAUCGCCAUUUUUAGCCAGCAAUACCAUGGCAGUUUGUUUGACUACAGUAGGAAAAGACAAUCAUGAUAGUUCCUGGUUCAAUAUAAUUACACAACGGAAAACAGAUGCGAAUCUCAAAUAUGAAUGUUUUACUUAUGACAAUGUGAUUAAGGAAAUAAUGAUAGAAGAUGACGGUUUUCAAAUAUGUGGUUCGAUGGGAACCAGUCAUAAACCGGAAGUCAAAAUAACUGUCCGGCCAACAAACAGGUUAGACCUGUCUAUCGCCGAUGGGAUACAAUAGCCGCUAAAAAUGUUUCUAAUCAAUAAAUCAGCAGCUGUGAUUUUGAUGCGGGAGAUGUCGCUAACAAUAAUCUGCAAAAUAUCCACAACAACUAAUAUGAACUUAAGUGUUUCUCGUUUCUCGUUUUUUUAUAUAGAUUAGACCGUUAGUUUUCCUGUUUGAAUUGACUAACACUAGUCAGUUUGCGCUCUUUAUAGCUUUCUGUUCGGUGUGAGCCAAGGCUCCGUGUUGAAUGCCGUACUUUGACCUAUAAUUGUUAACUUUUUAUACAUUCUGACUUGGAUGGAGAGUUGGCUCAUUGGCACUCAUACCACAUCUUAUUUAUAUUACAUUAAUUUUCCUGCGUUUCGGCUCGUACAUGUAAUUGCGGGAACAUGUCUAUAUUAACGUGUGUUAAGCGGGUAUUGUUCAAUUAAAAUUGCUUUGUUGUCAAAUUGAUUAAAGGUAAACGGUAUACACUAAGAGAAUAUUUAAUGGUUUUAUCUCUAUUUCUUUUGAGAUCGCCUUGGCCAUUGGUACGGGAAGGAACUUUAUUAGUUGUUUGUAAAUGUUCAGUGAAGGAAAUGUAUGGAAUUUUACUACAAAUGUAAUGUAUGAAAUAGUUAUUAUAUACAAUUACUAGUAUGUUGAAUGUUGUAUAAUAAGUUCCGACGUCCAGCGUACUUGACGGGCUAGUCGGCAAACUUUAUUUUGUAUUUAAUUUGUAUAUUGUUUAUGCAAAGCGUUCAUGUUCGAAGGAUUUAGAUUUGUCCGUCGUUAACUGAGGCCAUACAUUUUGCUAUUAUACUUUUCCAGUUCUUAACUGGAUACUAAUUACAAUUCUUGUUUUUUGGCUUGAGUUAAUUUGAAAAACAAUAAAUAUGAAUAUUUCAAUACAUAUUUAUAAAUAUAAGGAGAUGUGGUAUGAUUGCCAAUGCGAUGUCUACUGUACACACCAAAGACCAAGGUACAAAGAUGAAAACAACUACAGGUCACUGUACGGCAUUCAACAAAGGACAAUAACUCAUACAUGUAUCAUAUAAUAAUCUAUAACAACAACAAAAACGAUUUAGUCGGUCUAGUACAAAGCAGUAUUGCAUUAA